GAUCUGUUGGACUAACCCCUCAAUGAACUCUCUCCCUCGAGCCGCGCACAGUAUAAUUUGUCUUUGGAUAAUUCAUACCUUCACACAGUCGCACCGAUGGAACGGUCGCCUCACCUGUAAGACUAUUAUUUGAGCUAUAUGAGUCUCUCUAACAUAAAAUUAAUUUAGAUUAUUACUUCUUGGAGCAGAAGUAUCCUACAGAGAUGUCGAACUCAUUGAGACUGUACGUCGGCAUAGUUACAGCUCUGGCCUUAUGCAAAUACUGCCUGGCAGAAUGGAAUUCCACAGAGGAGUCGUCUGCCAAUCGAACUGUGUCCUGCCAUCACCAUGGCAACCUCAAUAAUUGCACAGUGGAAUCUAAAGACACUGGGCAGUGGAGCGGACAUUUCACCAAGUGUCCCAAGGAACUGAAGCACUACUGCAUCCACGGGUCGUGCCGCUACAUUAAGGAACAGAGCGCACCUUCAUGUAGGUGUGAUGGAGGUUUCACAGGCUCCCGGUGUGAGCUUUUGGACCUGGGCUGGCAGAUAGGAGAGAAGAAACAGAUCAUCAUAAUCUGCGUGGUGGCCGGCCUGGUGCUGUUGGUCCUCCUCAUCAUCUUCAUCUGCCUCUGUUCACAUCGGGGGUUCAGGAGGUUAAGGCGGCGGGAAAGUCCCAGAGAUGUGGAGGCACCGGACAACAGGGAGAAGUUCAAGAUGCUACCUAACCACGUCCAGCCAGACCCAACGACCCCAUCUACGCCGUGAGAGACGUCAUAAAACCUCUGCCUGGCCCGCCCUCCCGGUCAGAACAAGGUCCGGGCUGGGGAGUCAGCAGGCAGCGGCAUCGGGACAUGAAAGCCGGUGUGUGAAAAACGGAUUGGUCAAUCACAUGCUGAUGUCAAGACGAGAUAAGCAGAAGAAAUGGCUAACUGAUUUGCCGGUAUUGGGAGAUAUGC